AGGAGUCAAGGCUGUGUUGACAUCCUUGUGUUGAGGAGAGAUCAUCACUGGGUUCUGGCAGGUUGGGAUCCAAACACACUCUUGAUCCAGUUAGAUGAUCCUGUGAGAUGCACAAGACCUGUUGCUUAAACCAGACUGAAGACUUCUGACCAGUGACACUUCAAGAACUUAAAUUCUUCAGUUCUCCUGCUCUACAGUCCAGCAUGCUCUGCGCAAAAGUGUUAUCCAUAUCAAUGAACAUGGGCUUCGGCCUUCCAACCCACCACCACCUCCUCACGCUUCCUCCUGCAAAAGCCAAACGUCGUUCCUGCACUAAGAAACGGGUGGUGUUUGCUGACACCAAAGGUCUUUCCCUCACAUCUGUGCGUGUCUUCUCCAAGAAGGAGGAGAAGGUUCACUAUGAAGCACCACCGUGUCGGAUCCCUACGCGCCUGUGCUGGCUGGGAGAGCACGCUCAGGUCCCCAGGCUGCAUUUGGGCUUCACUCAGCCGUGCUCGGACCCCCAGGCUUUUCGCCAGCGCAUGGACCAGUGUCCUGUCCUCCUGGAGAACUGCUGCAUCUCAGAGCAGGCCCUCGUGGGCAUGGUGCGCGUGUGGAACGUCAGCUAUGAGAAAGCGGUGCACGUGCGCAUCACUUUUGAUUCGUGGCGUAGUCAACAGGAUGUGCCCUGUUCCUUUCUGGAGCGGCGCUGUGGUGAUCCCGACACGGACACCUUUUCGUUUCACAUCACGCUUCCUGAGACCUUGGAGACACAGGAGCGCAUCGAGUUCUGUGUGAGGUAUCUACCGCAGGGAUACAGCCAGGCUGUGUGGGACAAUAACUACGGGAAGAAUUACAGCCUCCGUGUUUGUGACUGACAGCAAUCCUGAGGGACCUGGCAUUUCUUCUCACUGUGUAUCAGCCUAUCAGCUACGAUAAAAUAUUAGGAAAAGGUUCAGCAAAAAAAUCAAAUGCACAAAGUUUCUCACGUACCCCAAAUUAAGUUAAUGAGCUAAGGCAUGUUUUGUGUCCAAAUCUUGCUUCUUUAGCUUUAGCUACUAAAGCUACGCAUGCUUAAACUGCAUCCAGACCUUCAUUAACCCCCCUAUUAUGUUCAUUGAGGAACAGCAAUGGUGUUCCAGGUUUAAUUAUACAAAAGAUGUCUGAAACCAAAACGCCUUACAAGCAGUGUAUAUAUAUAUAUAUAUAUAUAUUUUUUUUCUAACUCCAUUACUAAUUAUUCUAUCAAUAUUUGGUGCAAUGGUGUGCCUUACCUCUAACAGCUAAUGGUUCAAUUAGGAUAAUUCACUUGUUUUUCACAAAAAAUAUAUGUUCAAACUUUUUUUUAAUGUUUCACUACUUCAUUACUUUUAAAAGACCAACAUAUAAAACAAUAGUUUUACAUAACAUUGAAAUAUAACAUUGCAAUUUUGUUUUAGUCUUAGUUUUGCCAGGGGCCGGUUGCAAAUAUGUGAGAUGAACCAUUUUUAUAUUAUAUGUUGAUUACACUAAUUAAGGCAAGCAGGAGAAGUUUCAUGCUAAAAAAAUACUUUUAACUAUUUUUCCUAGACCCCCUUAAACUUUAAAACGGGUCAAAUUGACCCGGACCAUAACAGGAGGCUUAAGCAUUAAGACUAGUUUAUGUGAUCUUUUAUGCAGUACGAAUUAAAUACUUAAAGAGGUUUAAGUAAUUUGGUCUAGGUCAAACGACUCUCAAAAGCUUCCUUCACAUAUACACGUUAAGAUUUUGUUAACCCUAUAUUGCCAUUCAGUCACUACAUUUUACUAAAGAACCUGUUGAACUUAACCUGAUUGUGCCAUCUCUAACAGUCAGCAGAGAUAUGUUACGCUAAUACAGUCCACUAGUAGUGCGCCUUUUCAUUUCAAGUCAGCAACAAGUAAAUAUUUGCUGAAGAAUGUAAAAAAAAAAAAAAACCUAAAUAAUUUAUAGCAACCAAUACAAACUAUAACAAUACACAGGGUUUACAGAGUUUUACACACUUUUUUUGUAAAUGCUACAAUAGUGAACAAAAGUGUUAUUGAAAAAUGAAUGCAAACACAUAAAAAACGUGUUUGAUAUCAUUGCUGUCCAAUGAAAAACAGGCAUCUCCAAAACAGCAACUUUACAGGGGAAGGAAAAAUCCUUCUUAUCUUUCAAUGGAAGUCAUUGUAAAAAGGGUUUACCACAGGUCAUUUUAGAGUUUUAAAGUUCCAUUAGUACAUUCAUCAAGAAAUCUUGACAUUUAGUUCACAAACGUAAACAAAGUUAGCAUGUUGUUGCACUUAAUUAUUUAUUAUUUAUUUAUUUAUGCUUGUAUUUGUGGUUUGUAUUCUGAUUUUACCACAAAAUGUAAAAUGUAAUGAAUAACCCAUGAAAUGUAAAAAAUAAAUGUAAGUUUUAUAUGUACAUGUAUUUUUCAAAAACUAGGUAAAAAACACUACAAAUUUUUAUUAAUGCCCCAAACAAAAAAAAUACAUAAACCAUUUGGGUGGCUUUUGAUCAGAUUGAAAGAAGCUAAGAUAUGUGAUUGUGUAUGUACUUGUUAAAAAAACGAUUUAGGAAACAUUAGCCUGUUAGCUCCUGUUUAAAACCAAAGACGCAACAUUUGGGCACCAAAUUGACAUAUACAUUUUUAAUAUGUCAGAUUGACUAUAUCUGCGUUAAGUGAAACACUGUGUAUGCUGAAUUUUUUAUUGAACUAUUUCUUUUUGCCAACUCCAACUCCAACCCGCUAAGGUACCAGUUUAUUAGGUAUCUAAUAAUGUGUACCUAUGCUUACGGCCUUUAAUCAGAUCAGAGAUCAAAUUAAUCAGAGGCCUAUCAUGCUGGGGCACUCUGUUGGAUUAUAAUUACGCAGGUUUAUCUGUAGCCAAUGUGUUUCCACAAACCAGCCCUCUUUUAGUGGAAAGGGACAAUACUGGACUAAUAGUAUUGUGGUAGUCAUCAGUAAUGCUAGUUAUUGCUGAGAAGACAACAGACCAAACAGAUGAAAACCUGCUCCAGCAGUCAGAAGACCUAGAGGAUCGUCACCUUUAAUGACUGAGCUCUUACACAUACGCUGCAUAGCAUACAUAUUACUAUAUCUAUUGUUUACACUACUGAUAGAUCUGUAUGUACUUAGAUAUUUAAACAUUUGUGUAUUAUUUGUAUGCAUAUGUAAAUA